AUGGAGCGUCUCUGGAUCCUGAGCUGCACUCUGUGUGUCCUCCUGAGCUGGAUGCAUGUGGAUCAAGCAGUGGCUGAACCCCAGUACCUGGUGGCCAUUCCUGCAGUUAUUGACGCUGGAGCUGAGGCCAAAUUCUGUGCAACUCUCCGACAGCCCAGUGGGACUCUGGUCAUGACUGUCACUUUGAAGUCCCGAGAGAAGAACACGACCUUAUUCACACAUACGUCAAAUGAAGCAUUUCAAACCUGUGUUCAGUUUAAGGCUCCUUUGGUACAAAAGGAGGUGCAAGACUUUCAGGUGGAGGUACGAGGAGACACAUUUUACUCCAAACAAGUCAGAAAAGUGAUGAUCCGAGCAUCUGAUACCUUCACAUUCAUCCAAACAGAUAAACCCAUCUACCUCCCUGGACAAAAAGUGAAUUUCAGAGUCGUUGCCAUGGAUAAUAAGAUGCGACCGGCCAAUCAGUUGUAUGAUGUCAUUGAACUUCAGGAUCCUAAUAGUAACAGGAUUGGACAGUGGCUAAAUGAAACAUCCAAUAGCAGAAUACUGCAGCUUUCUUACUCCUUGGACACUGAGGCCCGUGAGGGACCGUACCAGAUCAUUGUGUCAAUGGGUGAGAGGAAUAUAUCUCACAAUUUCAAAGUGGAGAAAUAUGUUUUACCCAAAUAUGAUGUGACACUAAAUAUAUCUGAAGAAGUGCUUAUUGGGCAGGAAGACGUUGAAGCUAAAGUGUGUGCAAAGUAA